GAGGGGGGGAAAGGCGGCCGGGCGCGAGCGCGGAGGGAGGGAGACCUCAUCACGUGACGGGGGCGGCGCGGCCCGGGGUGUCAGUGUGGAGGAGACUGAGCAUUCCACCUUGUAAAUACCGUUAUUUGUAUAUACUGUAAAUGAUGACAUCCGUGGGGCCUGCCCGGGCCCGGGGGACCUGGGAACAGACACAGACACAGACCCAGACACAGCACAAGCAGCGGCCACAGGCCACGGCCGAGCAGAUCCGGCUCGCACAGAUGAUCUCGGACCACAACGACAGCGACUUUGAGGAGAAGGUGAAGCAACUGAUGGACAUCACGGGGAAGAACCAGGACGAGUGCUUGAUCGCCCUGCACGACUGCAACGGGGACGUGAACCGAGCCAUCAACGUGCUGCUCGAGGGCAGCCCGGACACGCAUUCCUGGGAGAUGGUCGGGAAGAAGAAGGGCGUGUCGGGCCUGAAGGACGGCGGGCAGGCGGAGCCCAACGAGGAGGGCAAAGAAGACCGGGACCGCGACCGCGACCACAGCCGGCGCCGGGGCGGACCCCCCAGGCGGGGGAGGGGAGCCAGUCGCGGGCGAGAGUUUCGGGGCCAGGAGAACGGAGUGGACGGGGUGAAGAGCGGGGGCCUGUCCGGCCGGGGGACGGAGCGAGGCAGGAGGGGCCGCGGGCGAGGCCGAGGCGGCUCUGGGCGGAGAGGAGGAAGGUUUUCGGCCCAAGGCAUGGGGACCUUCAACCCGGCGGACUACGCGGAGCCGGCCAGCGCCGAAGAGAGCUACGGCACCGGGGCCGGAAACACGUGGAACAGCACCGGCAGCUUGGAGCCGGACGAUGGGGCCAGACUUGACUUCAUGGGCGUGGAGGGGUCUAACUAUCCCCGAAAAUUUGAGACCGCUCCUGGUGCGUGGAGGAGCGCGACGGAGGAGUGGGGAACCGAGGACUGGAACGAAGAUCUGUCGGAAACCAAGAUCUUCACGGCCUCGAGCGUCUCCUCUGUCCCGCUGCCUUCAGAGAACGUGACCAUCACCGCCGGGCAGAGGAUCGACCUGGCCGUGCUGCUGGGCAAGGCGCCCGCCUCCCUGGAGAGCGAGUCGGCCACCCUGGACCCCUCCCAGGCCCCCUCGCUGUCGCAGCCCCUGGUGUUCAGCAACUCCAAGCAGACCACGGUGUCCCAGCCGCCCUCCAGCAGCGCCUUUGCCCACCACAACAUGGUGGGCAUGCUGGGCAAGGGGUUCGGCGACGUCGGCGAGGCCAAGGGCGGCACCACCGGCUCGCAGUUCCUGGAGCAGUUCAAGACGGCGCAGGCCCUGGCGCAGCUGGCGCAGCACGCCCCGCCCGGCGGGCCCACGCCCGCCCCCGCCCCCGCCGCCACCUCCUGGGACCUGGGCACCGCCGCCACGACGCAGGCCCCGGCCCUGGGGCCGUACGACCUGAAGCCCUCGGCGGACUCGGCGGUCCACAGCCCCUUCGCCAAACACCAGGCCUUCCCCGCGUCGGCGACCAUGAUGGAGGUCUUCCUGCAGGACAAGUCCCCGGCCGUGGCGGCCGCCCAGCCGCCCCCGGCCUCCCCGCUCCCCGCCAAGCCGGCGCCGCCGCCCGCCGCCGCCCAGGGCUCCCCCGGCGCCUCGGACCACCAGCCCUCCAGCCCCCAGCCCGCCCACCAGAAGCUCCGGCCGCAGAAGAAGAAGGCCUCGCUGACGGCCAAGAUUCCCACGCUGGCGGUGGAGAUGCCGGGCUCGGCGGACAUGUCCGGGCUGAACCUGCAGUUCGGGGCGUUGCAGUUCGGGUCCGAGCCGGUGCUCCCAGACUACGAGAUGGCCGCCGUGAGCACCCCGGGGGCCAGUCAGCCCCCCAACAGCUUGUACACCAGCACCGCCAGCGACGCCCCGUCCACGAUUUCGUCCAGCCAGAGCCAGGAGUCCGGCUUCCCGAGCGGCCCCGUGGCGCCGGCCACCUUCCCCUCGCAGGCCAGCGGGCCCGGCCCCCUGUACGAGCAGCGGGCCACCCAGACCCGCCACUACCCGGCCUCCAUCUCCUCCUCCUCCAUGUCCUCCUCCAUCUCCUCCUCGCCCCAGAAGGAUCUGGCCCAGGCCAAGAACGGCUUCGGCUCGGUGCAGGCCUCCCAGUUACCCGCCACCCAGGCCGCCGAAGGUGCUCCCGGCCCCGCCGCGAAGUCCGACUCGUCCUCCAACCCCGGCAUCGCCUCCCUGACGGACGCCGUCCCCCAGGCCUCGCUGCUGACCGCCGCCAACCCGCACGCGGCCACGCUGAGCGGCCUGAACCACAGCGAGGAGCUGCCCGCCACCACCGCCCCCCCGCACAGCGCGCUGUCCACGCAGCAGAGCACGCUGUCGUCCUCGACGCCCUCCGGACGCACUUCAACAGCCGCCCUUUUGCACACGAGCGUGGAGAGUGAGGCGACGCUCCAUUCUUCCGCCAGCACUUUCUCCACGGUGUCCAGCUCCGCGGCGGGGCCCCCGCCCGUGGUCAGCGCCUCGGCCAGCCUGGGCCUCGGCCUGGGCAGCACCUCCUCCGUCACCGCCUCCACCCGCGGCUCCGUCGCCACGACUUCAGGAAAAGCCCCCCCGAAUCUCCCACCCGGGGUGCCCCCGCUGUUGCCUAACCCAUACAUCAUGGCUCCGGGCCUGCUGCACGCCUACCCGCCCCAAGUGUACGGUUACGACGACCUGCAGAUGCUCCAGACGAGGUUCCCUCUGGAUUACUACAGCAUCCCGUUCCCCACGCCCACCACCCCGCUGACCGGGAGGGACGGCAGCCUGCCCAGCAACCCCUAUUCCGGUGACCUCACGAAGUUCGGCCGCGGAGACGCGUCGUCCCCGGCCCCGGCCACGACGCUGGCCCAGCCGCCGCAGCCGAGCCAGACGCAGACGCACCACACCACGCAGCAGACAUUCCUCAACCCGGCGCUGCCCCCCGGCUACAGCUACACCAGCCUGCCCUACUACACCGGGGUCCCGGGCCUGCCCAGCACCUUCCAGUACGGGCCCGCCGUGUUCCCUGUGGCUCCUACCUCUUCCAAGCAGCACGGUGUGAAUGUCGGGGUCAGCGCCUCGGGGACCCCCUUCCAGCAGCCCAGCGGCUACGGCUCUCACGGAUACAACACUGGAAGAAAAUACCCCCCUCCGUACAAGCAUUUCUGGACGGCCGAGAGCUAGUCGCGCCCGAGACCGCGGGCUGUGUUUUGUGUGUGUGUGUGAAUUUGCACUGAAGUCUCGUUUCAGACCACCGAGGAGCCGGCCAGCCCGAUGACCCCCCCCCCCCCCCACCC